AUGACAUUAUGGAAUAAUGAAGUACAUGCUCAAUCCGAACAAUCAUUCAAUUUGUUGGAUUUUGGAGCUAUAGGAGAUGGAAAUAUAGAUGAUUCUCAGAUUUUGGGAAAAAUAAUUGGACCAAAAUCACUAUCUGAUUAUCCAACACCAACACCAGAUAGUUGGUUGGAAAUUUCAAAGGUUGAUGGACUGUAUGUUAGUGGAGAUGGAAUUAUUGAUGGUAGACGACAAGUUUGGUGGAAGACUUGCCGAGGAAAUGAUUGUCCUCGAAGACCAGCGACAGCGGCAUUCAUCAGUUGCAACAACCUAACCCUUCGAGGUUUAACAUUUGUGAAUAGCUCAAGAAAUCAUAUCUCCAUUAGAAGUUGUAACAAUGUUAUUAUUUCACGUCUCAUAAUACAAGCCCCUGGUGAUAGUGUCAAUACAGACGAUAUUGACAUAACUUUUUUCAAGUUUUGUUGCGAUCAACCAAUGUUACAUUGUAACAGCAUGUUAAGUGAUGAUUGUGUUGCUAUAACAAAUGAAUCACAUGAUAUAAACAUAACCAAAGUUCAUUGCGGACCAGGGCAUGGCAUCAGUAUUGGAAGCUUAGGCAAAGGGGGAGGCAAUGAUACUAUACAAAAUGUACAUGUGUGGAAUUGUACUUUCAAAGAUACAACAAAUGGCGCCCGAAUUAAAACGUGGCAGGAAGGGUUAGGAUUUGCUCGAAACAUCAUCUACGAAGAUCUUUUGUUUGAAAAUGCUUCUAACCCCAUCAUUAUUGAUCAAUUCUACUGUCCUGGACAAUAGUGCAAGAAUUAGGUAAACAAAACACAUCUUCAACCCCCCAUGCUUAUUGAUCUUAUUAAAACUCAUUCAUCUUUCGGCUUUUGGUAACAAA